AGGGGAGCGGAGCGGGCCGGAGCCGCCGCCGCCCACAGAGCCUGCCCUGCGCCUGGUGCUGCCGGGACGAUGCGGCCGGGGCCCGGAGGCUGCUGCUGCCGCCGCCCGCCGCGGCCGAACGGCUGCGUGGCGAACGGGGACGUGCGGAACGGGUACGUGAGGAGCAGCGCCGCCGCCGCCGGCCAGAUCCAUCAUGUUUCACAAAAUGGAGGAUUAUAUAAAAGACCAUUUAAUGAAGCUUUUGAGGAGACACCAAUGCUGGUUGCAGUGCUUACUUAUGUGGGGUAUGGUGUACUUACCCUCUUUGGAUAUCUUCGAGAUUUCUUGAGGCAUUGGAGAAUUGAGAAGUGUCACCAUGCAACAGAAAGAGAAGAACAAAAGGACUUUGUGUCACUGUAUCAGGAUUUCGAAAACUUCUAUACAAGGAACCUCUAUAUGAGGAUAAGAGACAACUGGAAUCGACCCAUCUGUAGUGUGCCUGGAGCCAGGGUGGACAUCAUGGAGAGGCAGUCUCAUGAUUACAACUGGUCAUUCAAGUACACAGGGAAUAUAAUUAAAGGUGUUAUAAACAUGGGUUCCUACAACUAUCUUGGAUUUGCACGAAAUACUGGAUCAUGUCAAGAAGCAGCUGCCAAAGUUCUAGAGGAGUAUGGUGUUGGCGUGUGCAGCACUCGGCAGGAGAUCGGAAACCUGGACAAGCACGAAGAACUAGAGAAGCUUGUGGCAAGGUUCUUGGGAGUAGAAGCUGCUAUGGCAUACGGCAUGGGAUUUGCAACAAAUUCAAUGAACAUUCCUGCUCUUGUUGGCAAAGGUUGCCUGAUUCUGAGUGAUGAACUGAAUCAUGCAUCGUUGGUUCUGGGAGCCAGACUCUCUGGAGCAACCAUUCGGGUCUUCAAGCACAAUAAUAUGCAAAGUUUAGAGAAGUUAUUGAAAGAUGCCAUUGUUUAUGGUCAACCUCGGACACGGAGGCCCUGGAAGAAAAUUUUAAUCCUUGUGGAGGGAAUAUAUAGCAUGGAGGGAUCAAUUGUUCGUCUUCCUGAAGUGAUUGCCCUUAAGAAGAAAUACAAGGCCUACUUGUAUCUAGAUGAAGCUCACAGCAUUGGGGCUCUGGGCCCUACAGGUCGAGGUGUGGUGGAGUACUUUGGCCUGGAUCCUGAGGAUGUGGACGUUAUGAUGGGAACAUUCACCAAGAGCUUUGGUGCUUCUGGAGGAUACAUUGGGGGCAAGAAGGAACUGAUAGACUAUCUGCGGACACAUUCCCACAGCGCGGUGUAUGCCACGUCACUGUCACCACCUGUUGUGGAGCAGAUUGUCACCUCUAUGAAGUGCAUCAUGGGGCAGGAUGGCACCACCCUGGGCAAAGAGUGUGUGCAGCAGUUAGCAGAAAACACCAGGUAUUUCAGGAGACGUCUGAAAGAGAUGGGCUUCAUCAUCUAUGGAAAUGAAGAUUCUCCGGUGGUGCCUUUAAUGCUCUACAUGCCAGCCAAAAUUGGCGCCUUUGGGCGGGAGAUGCUGAAGCGGAAUGUCGGUGUGGUGGUGGUGGGAUUCCCUGCUACCCCAAUUAUUGAGUCCAGAGCCAGGUUUUGUCUGUCCGCAGCGCAUACCAAAGAAAUACUUGACACUGCUUUGAAAGAAAUAGAUGAAGUUGGGGACCUGUUGCAGCUGAAGUACUCCCGCCAUCGGUUGGUGCCUCUACUGGACAGACCCUUUGACGAGACUACAUAUGAAGAAACAGAAGACUGAGCCUUUUUGGUGCUCCCUUAGAGGAAUCUCCCUCACCUAGGACAGUGUGUGGCCCUCCUGCACUGUUCCAGGAGCCACGCCUCUGUGGCCAUCUCACGUGAAAGACAUUGCCUCAACUGCUGAUGGUGGCCACCUCCACUCUAAAUGUCAUUCUGUAAAUAGUGAAAAUUACUUCAUAUCCUUCCUUUACUAUAUUUCACCUUUACCAAAAAGAGGUAGACUCACUUUGCUUUUUUGUCCAUUAAAAAAUGUUUUAUUUUAUAAC